AUGUCAAACGAACCAUCCCAGGAGAACUCUGUCGAGACCGCCCUGAGCCGUCUCGGCCGCAACCCAUCUGAGCAACACGGCUUCAUCAACUGUCCCAUCUAUCGCGGUUCCACUGUUCUAUACAAUAGCGUCGAUGACGCAUUCAAUCGCCGUGGUACGUACUGGUACGGCACCGCUGGAAACCCCAUCGUGACGAACCUGCAGAAAGCCUGGACGGCGCUCACUGGCGGUGCCGGAAGUUUUAUCCUGUCAUCCGGCAUGCAGGCGAUAGCGUACGCGCUGCUGGGGACUGCGAACAGCGGUGACAAUAUUCUUGUGGCGGACGCAGUGUACUUGCCCACUCGCGAGUUGUGCGACAACUUCUUGGUGACCAAGGGCAUCACCACGACCUACUACGACCCCUGUAUCACGGCAGACGAGUUGCGUGAGCUGCUCUGCAAGAAGCCCAAUACCACCGUGCUCUUCAUGGAGUCACCGGGUUCGCAGACCUUUGAGGUGCAGGACGUGCCGACCAUCUGUGCCGUGGCACGCGAAUUCAACGUGACGACGAUCAUCGACAACACUUGGGCUACCCCCAUCUUCUUUGGCGCACACAGCAAGGGGUGCGACAUAUCCGUGGAGGCGGGCACCAAGUACGUCGGCGGCCACUCGGACAUGCUGCUGGGUCUCAUCUCAGCCAAUGAGACCUGGUACCCGAAGCUGAAGCGUGUGAUGAGCCUCUUCCAGUCCGUUCCCGGCAACGAGGACUGUUUCCUGGCCUUACGUGGGCUUCGCACUAUGUACAUCCGCCUUAAGGAGGCUGAGAAGCGCGCGCUUGAGAUAGCGAGCUUUAUGAAGAGCCGCAAGGAGGUGCUCAAGGUGCUGCACCCGGCGUUCCCUGACUGUCGUGGCCACGAGGUCUGGAAGCGCGACUUCACCGGCUCGUCCGGCGUCUUCUCGAUCGUGUUGCUUCCGAAGUACACACUGGAGGAUGUGACACGGAUGAUCGAGAGCUACAAGCUUUUCGGCAUAGGCUUUUCAUGGGGCGGCUUCGAGAGUCUUGCGGUGGUUUUCGACUGCACCAAGUACCGCACGGCAACCACCUUUUCGCCUGGAGGUAUCCUCAUCCGUUACCAGAUCGGCCUCGAGAGCGUGGAUGACCUGAAGCAGGACCUCGGCCAGGGUUUUGACAAGCUGUGCCAGGGGUCGAUGGACCCCUAA